AUGAGAGCUUGGCAAAUUUUUGCUGGCUUAUUGCUUGUGCAUGUAGUCUUAUCAAGUGCCUAUACAUUAUAUGGAUCUUCUAAUGAGGAUCAAAAGGAAUCAAGUGAUUUAGAAGUUGCAGCAUCUGAUUGGGGACAUGGUUGGGAUGACAAAGGUCAUGGUGGAGAUGAUGGAGAUAAAGGGGGUGAUGAUGGGGGUAAAGGGGGAGAUGAUGGGGGUAAAGGGGGUCAUGGUGGAAGUGGAGGGGGAAAAGGGGGAGAUGGGGGUCAUGGUGGCAAAGGAGGGGAUGGUGGUGAAUCAGCACAUGAAGAAUCAGGAGGUUCAGAACAUGGUGGGGAUAGUUUUUCAAGUGGUGGAAGUAAAGGAGAUAAAGGACACAAAAAGAAGAGUUCAUGGGACAAGAAAGAAAAAGGAUCACAUCAUAAAGACGAGCAUCAUGGAGAAGAAGGAGAAGAAGGUGGACACAAGAAGUCAUCUUACGAUGAAGGAGAUUCCUACUCUGAACAUCAUGAUGAAGGAAAGAAAUCAAAAGGUGGCAAACAUGGUCACAAGAAGUUCCAUAAAAAAGGUUCAAAGACAACAGGUCAUCAUAAAACAGGACACACUGAUGACUAUCAUAAGGAACAUAAAUUCUAUGAUGAUAAGCAUGAUGAAGGAAAUCAUAAGAAAUAUGGAAAAGACAGCAAACAUCAUCACGAGGAAGAAGGAAAACACGGCAAAGGAGGUCAUCAUGAAGAAGGCUUUAAAGAAGGUCAUAAUAAGAAGAAAGGAGGCACAGAUAAAGGACAUUUCGAUGAAGACCACAAACAUUGGGGUGGCAAGCACGGUUCCGAAUCUCAUCACUCUCACAACGAUAAGUUUGGAAAGAAAGGUGGAAAGAAGGGCGGAAGUGAACAUGGUUUCGGUUCAAGCUCAGGAGGAGGUGGAGGUGGACAUGGUGGUCAUGGAGGUGGAAAAGGAGGUCAUGACGAUGAUCAUUAG